GAGAAACGAAUGUAUUCCGUAAAGAAUAUUUUAUUAAUGCUAUUGUGGGCGAGCCACAUUGUUGGAAAAUUUCCUUGAGGUUGGUUGCAACCCAAGAAUAGGCCCACCAGCUGUCGAAACCAACAUGUAAUCUUCCACGUUCUUUUUCGUCUUGAGGAUUAGGGAAAAUUAGCCCAUUUGUGGAUCAUGGAUGCAGUUAAAAUGUUUUGCUAUCGCAUUGUGACUUUUAAUUAAUAAUUAAUGUUCUUCACUCAUUUACAUCUUCAAAACAAAGCGCAGCUGUAUGGAACCGUAGAGUUGCUUUGAACCAGAAAUCAUGAACGUUCAGAAGAAAUCCAAUUCCUCUCAAGGCUUUCCUUCCGUAGUUUCGUUAAAUGUGGGAGGAAUGAUUUACGCCGCUUCGCUUGCAACUCUCACGAGAUAUUCAAAAUCUAUGCUUGCUGCAAUGUUCAGUGGUCGUGUGCCAAUCGAAACCGAUGCGAAUGGCAACUAUUUCAUUGACAGAGAUGGCAAGUUGUUUCGGCAUGUUUUGAAUUUUCUGCGAUCGGGUCACCUGCACUUGCCAAAGGGAUUUGGCGAAUUCGAACUUUUGAAACAAGAAGUGGACUUCUAUCAGUUGAAGGACAUGAUGGCUCAUUUGAGCAAAGCUGCGGCGUUUGGCAUCAGUCGUUUGUCGUCUAAGGUUGGUGAUACGUCGACCAUUGAAAGUCGCUGUUAUGAACAUGUCGAAUUAGUUUGCCGUCCGCGUUCAGUUGAAGUGUUCGGGAAAAAGGCCACGAUGGAAGAGUGUUUUCAGAAGUCCAUGUUUUCGGCUUUUGUUGCUGUCGAUUGCACAAUCACCACGGAAGGCUCCGCAAAUCUUGAAGUGAAAAUAACAAAUCGUCGCGGUGAUUUUGUCGGCAACGAACCGAAAACGUCAAUAUUAGAGGCGUUGGGUAAUAAAGGGUUUCAUGUUGUUUCGGCCGGAUAUUUGCAGGAUCAGAAAAGUCCCGUAAUAAGGGAGGUUCUUGUGUUGUCCCGCGUUUUGUCAUGAAUAAAGUUAGUAUCCGAAGAAAACUCAAGUUGACAUUUAUCCUGUUGGGUUGUAUAGGAAAUGAAGACUUGAAUUAUUGAAACUUAACUGACAACUUUUCGUCUAAUGUUAACUUGGAGCCAUAUUGCGCAAUCGAAAAUCAUGAAUUUUGUAAAAAAAUCCAGGUAUUUAAAAACGCUAUUCCCAGUUCAGAGGUUACGGGGAAAUAACUUGAUUGAGUAAAUAGUUGUCUUUCUUUAUUUAUACAACAAUAAGGAAA